AUGUCAAGCCCGACUCAGGCAGCUUGUCUGCAGGACCGGUGCCCUGCGAUGNNGCUUUUCAAGUGGACGGAUCGGCAAGUGGGCGCGCAGACUUGCCAGAAUUCGACAAAGACGUUGACGUAUCUGGAGUUGGAUGGCGCAUGCAAGCUCAGCACUACCUUCGAAACAAGUGAGGUGGUCCGAAAAGGCGUCGCAGCCAUCUUUCUGUGCCAGGGCACGCUCACCGAAUGCCAGCAGGUGAUCCAGUCCUGGCACUUUCCUUUGUCUCUCCGCUUCCCCCGCGCGACCCAUGCCUACUACACUGGGCUCCUGGCCACCGAGCCCAAGGUUGUCCAGAACACUUCCGUCUACCUUGGGGCCUUUCCGACCGAAUUCCGGCUCUAUGAGAGCAACUUCUUCACCAAG